AUGAUACGUGCAACACAAACAAUCUGGUGGCUGCACCGGAUUAAAGCUGGAAGUGGAAAACGUGGGACUUGGAAGACUUGGGAGUGCUACGAGGAGGUCGGCAAGACGGAGGAGAAGCUCAAGAACAAGGUCGAGGACCUCAAGGCCAAGGUCAAUUUCCUCCGGCUAGUCUCCGCUGGAUCUGGUGGGACCAUCGCCAUUUCCAGGUCUAAUACGUUGGCCUUCUCCGAUGUUGUAUUGAUUGCCUCUGGUUCGACUAAUUCUGCCUCCUCAGUCCAGUUUUCCCUCCGCCCCUACCCAUCGGGCUGUCCUGGUAUGUUUUUAUGUAGCUCUACACCAGUUUCNGUGGCUUUUAGUUUUUAUGUAGCUCUACACCAGUUUCUAAAUUCAUCUGCUGAAAUUGUGAAGACAGUUAUGUAA